AUGAAGACCACCAUCGCCAUGCUCACCGCCUCAAUGGCCACCGCCAUCCUCGCCCAUCCCUUCGACACCCGCUCCCAGCAGUGCAACAUCGCUCCCUCCGCCACUCCCUCCACCAAAAUCCAACCUCUUUCCACUCCAACUGCCUCUACCGCCCAGGCCUGCCAGAAGCUCUGCACCGAGCACUCCUCCUGCAAGAGCUUCCUCUUCGGUCUCCCCGCUGACGCCAAGGCUCCUACCUGCAAGCUCUACUCUGUCCCUGCAGCCCAGGUCCCCAACCAGGGAAACAACCUGUAUGUCUUUGACAAGGCUUGCUCCGACAAGGCUGUGCCCAACACCAAGCCUACGCAGGAUAAGCCGCGUGGUGAGGUGAAGGUCAGGGUUGAGAGAGAUGUCAAGCCUGAGGGCAAGCCUCCUGUCAAGGAUGAGCCCCAUGCUGACCCCCCUCACAACAAGAGGGACAACAAGCCUGAGGGAAAGCCUCCUGUCGAGGACCAACCCCCUGCUGGUGAUAAGCCACCCAAAGGCAAGGCUCCCGUCAACCCUCCCAACAACAAGCGCGGCAUCAAGCCUGAGGACAAGCCCCGUGUUGGUGACAAGCCCAAGGCUCCCCUUCCCACCAAGGACAAGAAUUCUGGCAACAACGGACACAAGAACAACUAA